UCCACAAUGGUAACACAAGCCAUACAAUUUUCAGUAAUCCAGAGCAUCGCUUUCAUCAAGUUACCAACCAACAAUCAUCUUCAUAUUCGCUUCAAUACUACCAAAAACAAACUCUCGAAGUCUACUAUAGUACCAUGGCUUCCACUUCCCAACCGCAAGAGGGUCCGAGCAUACCCAGUGUUGUCGGACAGCGUCAAACCGCAUUCAUGAUGCUUCCUGGGCAACUCACUGGCGAUAUGUGGCACUGCGCUGCAGCCUCGAUUCUAGCCUGGAAACACAGCAGUGACUCAGUCAUCAAGCCAUACCCUGUCAUCGUCAUUGGCGUUGCUGACUGGGAAGUCGAUAAGUCAGGGAAGGCUGUCACCUACAAGCCCCCCCACCCUCUCGUAGAAGAGAAUCAGCUGCACACUAGUCUUGUGCGAGGGGCGCCCAUGUUCGAGUACUUCCGUUCUAUUGGCAUACCUUGCCUUCUUGCUCGCAUCCAUCAGGAGGACGCUGGCCAGGUCCCGAAUGCGAUUAUGAACUUGCCUCUGGCCUACCUCGAGAAAAUUUCCCAGAAAUACGAGGAGUUUCGCAAGAAGCCCUUCAUGGAUCUUUGGGCUGCAACGGAGGUGGCUGCACCUUGUGGGGAGGAGAGUAGGCGGAUAAAAGAAGCGUUUGUUGCUCCUACUAAAGAGGACCUUGAGGCGCGGAAAGUCGGUAUUAGUACUGCGCCUGUUGAAGAUGAUGUUGAGGAAGAUGUGAAUCUUGAUGAACUGUACCAGUGGCAGCCACCAGCGAACUUUGACCACCAGAAGAAGAUCCAAUUGAUGGGAUCUACCUCCAUCGUCAUGCAGUAUCUCGAGGAUCCUCAAAAGCGCCCAGAAAGAAUCGAGACUUUGCGCAAGUGGCUCAGCGGUGAAGGCCAGGCCAGCAACGCCGCCGCUAAUUGGAAAAAGUUAGCAGAAGAAACAUUUGCGGAACUCGAUGCAAAUAUUGCAAAGGCCAUCGACCCUAAUGCCCCUAAAGGCGCUAAGUUUUCCACCUCUCCACCAGGUCCAACAAAAGUCAUCCUUUUCAACUACCGAAAUGGCGAUGUCAACACUCAACACGACGCAAAUCUGGAAUUACUUAAGAACUUCCGCACUCUAGCUCCAAAGGGGGAUACGAAAGGGGCCCCUCCCGCCCACGUUGUGAUACCCAUCCUCGUCGAACAACCCGUUCGUCGAUAUCUACCCAAAGGAAGACGUUAAGUAUGACAAACGCUACACCGCCUACUUUUGGAGCCUCG